AUGAGUUGUCUGACACCGUACGAAAAAGUUUACAAUUUUGAGAAUGUGAAUGCAACGGCAAACAGCAUUAUUAUAAAUUUUCCAGAGCCGGUUGUAAAGAAUGGAUGUAAAAAAUAUAAUUUACCAACUACUAUAUAUACUAUCUCUGUAAGCCAUUGUUUAGAUAGCAAUCUCAACAAGACUGAGAAAUUCAAUGUGAUGACGAGCGAGCGAUAUUACGAGAUUCAGAACUUAACACCAUUUACAGAGUACAAGUUGAAGUUUACUUUAAGCAAUUUUUACUUUGAUCAAUUAUCAAUAAAUCCAUUCGAUUCGAAUGUGAUAUCAAUAAAAACUAAUUUGAACAAGCUUAAUGCACCAGAAAACAUAAGUGUUCUUGCUUUGACGCCUACUGUAGCAGCAGUUCAUUGGAUGCCACCUAAGAAGGUGAACUGCGUGCCCGUGACCUACGAAGUGCAUUGGAAGUCAGUUACAUUAAUGAACGGAACGCAACAAAAGAGCAAACAAUUUAUCAAUAUGCAGGAACGUACAACAGACGGCAGAUUUUUCACAAAGAUUAAUUUGUCGCUACCAGUACAACAUUACUUGAUAUACGUGCGUGUGUAUCCAAUUAAUUUCAGCAAUUUCUACAACGAGAGUUUAAGCAAGAUCGUUCACAUAUAUUCAGAACCAAACAAUAUUACUUCGAGCGAGGUCAACAUAAAUAGCAUGAACAUUUCAUGGAUCUCCAACAUUAAUCUGACGAUGUUUUGUACACUAGAGUACAAAGAUAUUGUAGCAGAAAAGUGGCAAACAAUGAAUUAUAUUAAAAUGAAUUAUAACAAAGAAGUAACAUACCAUGUCGAAAAUUUACAAUCAGGAACCUUAUACAUGUUUCGCUUGAUAUUGAGAUAUCCCGAAUAUGAGGAAAAUUUUACAUGGCCGACUGAUGAAAGAUUUAUUUUUUCAACACUUGGUAAGCAAACGAAGAUACCCAUACAAGGUAAUAAUGAACAAUUUUUGUCUUCAACAAUGGUCGAUAUGGAAUUGACGAUUCUACAUGUACCUUGGCGAAACACUCAAUUCAUGAUUGACAAUUCUACGUUACAUUAUAAUCCAGAUGAAUGUGCGGUAACCAUAGUCGCACGUAAACAGAUUACAUUUACAAAACGGCUUGGUAGUGGCGCAUUCGGAAAGGUGUUUCAAGGAAAUGUGAAGAACUUAGAAAGAUCGGGCACAGAGAUAUCCGUUGCAAUAAAAACGCUUCGGAAAGAUGCUUCUUCCCAUGAGAAAAAGAAUUUGUUGGAGGAAGCCAAGCUUAUGAAUCGUUUUCGACACAAACAUAUAUUAAGAUUGUUGGCCGUUUGUUUAGAUGGAGGUCCAGAUGGGGAUUCUCCUUUACUAGUGUUGGAAUUGAUGGAAACAAAUCUGUUACAAUAUUUGAGAGAUUGUCGAAAUUUGGAAGCGUCAGAUUCGCCUGCUUUGCGUUUGCAGGAUUUGCUCGCCAUGUGCGAAGAUGUUGCGCGAGGUUGUUGCUACUUGGAAGAGUUGCGUUUCGUACAUAGAGAUCUAGCGUGUCGCAAUUGUUUAAUAUCUUCGAAGAAUCGAGAGAAUCAUGUCAUCAAAAUUGGAGACUUUGGACUAGCUAGAGAUAUCUACAAGGAUGAUUAUUAUCGCAUGAAAAAGGAACGUUGGUUUCCUAUUCGCUGGAUGGCACCCGAAUCUUUGAUGAUUGAAAUAUUUACUUCUCAAAGCGAUGUUUGGUCAUUUGGGGUUGUAAUGUGGGAAAUUACAUCGUUGGGUGAGAAACCUUAUAGUGCCAAGACUAAUGAAGAAGUGGUAAAUUAUGUACGUGCUGGAGGCAGGUUGCCGAUGACUCUUAACUGUCCGUCACCAUUGUACCAGUUGAUGCUAAGUUGCUGGAGUGCAGCGGAUGCUAGACCAAAUUUCAAAUUUUGUCUGAAAAAUAUUAUAGCAUUAAGAAAAAACAUAGGAGAUGCCUUACUAAGUCCAGUCGAUACUAUUUAGCCGAUAUACUUAAAUUAUUGCUUAUCUUAUUUUUCAAACGACUCAAUAA